AUUUAUUGUAUGUAUGAUUUAAAUAUUAGGUAAAAAUAAUUGAUGUAAAUUAUUGAAAAAAAUUCUUAUAAUGUUCUUUUACAAUAGAUUGGUAUAAUAUUAAUCAUAUGAAGAAAAAAAAAACAUUGCGAACCUAUAGUUCACAGAUAUUUUGAAGGGGUUACCGUUUUAGAAAUCGAUAUUGGAUAGAAUAAUUUUCACACAAACAGAUUUAUAGAAUGCAUUCAUGCAAAGAAGAAAAAAAGAGCCUUGCUUGCUGAAUCGACGUGUAAAGGUAAAGAAAGGCCCCAGGCCGGGAUUUCUUCAAAGGACAGUACGACAGCUCCAAAAACAUUCUUUAAUUUUUUUCUAUAUUACCAACCAAGAGUGUUUGGUUAUUGUGAAGUUGACAUUGUCAAUUGAAAAGCUGUUGAUGAUUGAUGAUUCUCAUGAACAACCAUCUUUCGGCUAUGUGUAUGAUGGAAUGAAUCAGAUCAAGAGUACCAUGAUGUGACUAAUGAAAUUGAUUUUGACGUUACUCAAAUUGUUGAAGCAAUAGAGAUUGAGAUGGAUGGUUUAUCUUUGAGGAUAUUUGAUUGUGUACUAUGAUAUUUAGGUAUUAAAAAUGUUUAGGUGAUGUUAUUUGUUGGAUUCAACUAUGAACAUUUAGAUGUUCACAUUAAAUUGUGUAUCUAUAUAUGAACAUUUGUGAGUUUGUUUUUAAUGUUGUCUUUUGUUAAGAUAUGAUGUAGAUUCUAGAAAUAUUAUCUUAAGAUAAGUUAUUUAUAUUUGUACCCAAAAUAUUUGUUAAAAACGACAUAAACUAGUUCUAUCACGAUUAAUUUGUAAAACCGGCGUACCAGGUUAAACCGGGUUGACAAUCAUGCAUGGUUGUCAUGCUGGCCGGUUGAACCGGAUCCGAUUAUGAAACAUGCAUUCAACCAGUCCUGGUUAUGAAACCUACAUAAACACCUCUGGUAUGACCGGUAUGAUCGAUUAACAAACUCUCUAAGUAAAAUGACAUCGUUUUAAGUAAAUUUGAUUGAUAAAAAAAUAAAUUUAUUAUAUGUUUAUGAAUAUAAAAGUUCAAAAUUGAUGUAAUUUGGUGGAUUCAGGUAUACAAAUUUAAAUAUUAAAGUUAAAUGUUGUAUUCAAAUAGGAGCAUUUGUUAUUUUAUUUAAAAUGUUAUAUAUUAUUAAGUCAUAUAUUAUUAAACCGGAAUGAACCAACACAAACUAAUUGUACCACUAAUAGCACCAUUCCACUUGCAGGUAUAAACCGGUUUGACAACCUUGCAAGUUACAAUCAUUAGGGGUGUUCAAACGGUGUGGUUACCGUGAUAACUGUUUUAACCGAUAGUAUUUGAUUAAUAUGGUUUGGUUAAUUUGGAUAAUUGGUUUGAUUUGGUUAAACAACGUAGUUUGUUUGGUUUAAGAGGUUUAGUUUGGUUUCAGACGUUCCUAACCAAUCAAACCAAAUUAACCAGUUAAGUAAUUAUCCAUAUACCUAAUAUAUAUUAUAUACACAUACUUAAUUCUUGGCAUAACCACUCAAGGGCCAAACAUUCCUUCCUUUUAGGCUCAUCAACAAUAAAGCUCAAUAUUGUUCCUAUACUGUAUAUUCGUAUUUGUAGAGUGUAGACCAUGAUAUUUGAACGCCCAAUUUAGAUAAAACUCGUACAAUAUAAUAGAUGAAAACUUGAAAGGAAGGUCUUUUUCAACCUAUGAUAAUUGCUACGAAAUGAAUUGAGAAUCAUUGUCAAAUGAAUUCUUGUGUUUGGUAUGUCAUAUGUAUAAUUAAUUUAGUUAAUAAAGAGGAUAAUUAUGUCAUUCGAUUAUAAUUAGUAAAUACUUGUGGAAUUCAUUUGGAAAUUCCAUCUCAAUUCCUCGGAAUUGCUAUAACUAGUUCCAAUUCCAUAGAAUUCAAAAUUUAGAAUUGAAAAUGAAUUCUUUUAAAUACCAACCACAAAAAUGUUUCAUUUCAAAAUAAAUUUCUCAAAACUUAUUGAAUUCAUUUAUACCAAAUGAUAUGCAAGAGACUAAUUCAAUUCACACAAUCACAACAACUAAUUACCCAUACUAUUGACAUAUAUUUUGUUAGGUGAAUGCUUCUAUUGACUGUAAAAUAAUUGUAUUAAUUGCAAGUAUAUUUGUAUGUGUUCAAUGUAAUGUUUUAUUCAUCAUAAAAAUUGUGAAUUGAUGCAUUAACCAGGAAAAAAAUUCACUCAAUUAUAAUGUGAUGUUAUAUUGGUUAAUUUGGUUACCCAAUUAAUCAAACUAGUUAAACUUUAAUUUGGUUAAUUUGAUUGUUGUAUUAAUUUGAACUGAUUGAUUAUGAAGAUAUUGUAUUCUAUAAUUAAUAAAAUUUUGACUUGCUUGAUUUGGUAAUUAUCAUGAUAACCAUUUUAACACCCCUGUCAAAUAGCAAUCAUGGGAAUAGGUUAGGGUGGUUACUCAAUUUUGAGUAAUCACGGUGGCUACCAACAUCUAUACCAUUCAUUAUCUUUAUUUUAUUAUAUUUUUACAUUAACGAUUAAGAUUAGCUAAGGGUAAUUUAGGAAAUGAAAAACAUACCACACCUGAUUACUGUAUAUAUUAUACUCAAACCCUAAUACAACCUAUCUACCUAGCCGCCGUCUCUCCCUUCUCCCACCCCCAUCGGCGUCACUCAGCCGGUCAUUUUUCCCGCAUUUGUCGACGGCGUGAUGGCUUCGAAUGGGGUGAUGUCUGUGAUGGAGAAGGAGUGGAUGAUGUAUACUUCUGGGCAUCAAAUGGGGAGCUGCAGGAUGGGGAAGAAUGAAGAGGAAGGAGCGGUGGAUGAGAAUGGAGAGAGUUGGGAGGCGGAGGAUCUGUUUGUGUGUGAUGGAAGUGUUCUUCCGACGGCGGUGGGGGUUAACCCGACGAUUACUAUUGAGUCGAUUGCUUACUGUCGCAGUCUCUCCCUUCUUCAAAAGGUGGGAUGAAUAAAAACCCUAGAUCUGAUUUUUUUUCCCGCAUUGGUAGUGAUUUUUUCGUAGUGGUAGUGUUUUUUUGCAUUGGUAUUGUUUUUGUCGCAUUGGUAUUGAUUAUCAUAUAAUGGUAUUAAUUUGCAUGUAUUGGUAUGGAUUCAAUCUGCAAUGGUAUUGAUUUUUUGUGAAAUGGUAUAGAUUUAUAUUGGUAGAUUGUUUAUAUUGGUAGUUUUCGUGUAAAGGUAUAGAUUUAUUUCUGCAAUGGUAUUGAUAUUUUUCAAAGUGGUAGUGAUUAUCUAAUGGAUUGGUAGUGAUUUCGUGUUUUUUUUCUUUUGCAGAAAGAUUGAGAAAAAUAAGGAAAAGGGAUCUGGCUGAAGAUUAUGGAAGUGAUAGAAAUAGGGAGAAUUGUAAUUAAUAGAUUCUUGUUACUACUUAAAAUGUAAUUUAUUAAAAAAAUUAAUCAAUACAAUUUAUUUUU